AAAUUUUAUUUUUUACAAUUUCGAGAUGAGUUUGGCAAAAGAAAAUCCUUCUAAUCGAGAAAUACUUCCAGAUGAUUUUUUUAGAAGUGCAAAUGGUGCUAGGGACUUCUUUAAACGCAAAGAUCGAUCAAAAACUUAUGAUAUGCCAAACGUUUCGGGUGUUAGAACACUGUCUUGGAAUGUGAGCGGUACAUCUUUGGCUAGUGGAGCAGAUAAUAAAGUUGUUUCUGUUGGUAAUCUUGAUCCACACUCUUGUCGCUUGCUUAUGGCUUCGUGUUCUAGCGAUAAAUCUGUUCGUCUUUGGGAUUUACGUGUGCCAGACAGUCACACAAAAUUGCCUACAACAGGGUCAAAUUUAUUUGUAACAUGGUCACAUUGUGGAAAUUAUAUUGCUUUUGGUGACAAAAAUGACAAUUUGGGGCUUAUUGAUGCUAGAGCAAUGAAAAUUUUGGUUCAAAAUUCUUUUAAGGAUGAGAUUAAUGAAUUCCUUUGUCAUCCAAGCGGACAAUUUAUUUUUAUUGCUACUGAUCAGGGAAAGUUGGAGAUUUUUAGUUUGCCAGCCCUUAAACGUGUUCGAACAAUACAAGCUCAUCCACCCCUUUCUACUUGUUUGAGUAUGGAUAUUUCUCCAAAUGAGCGUUUUCUUGUGAUUGGAGCUUCUGACGCAUCUUGCUCUAUUUGGGAAUUGAAUGACCUUAUUUGUAUAAAAACACUUACAAGGCUUGAUUAUCCAGUACGAAGUGUUUCGUUUAGUCAUUGUAGUAAUUUGGUAGCUUCAGGAAGUGAAGACCGUGUUAUUGAUGUUUCGUGGCUUUUAACAGGAGAAAAGGUUGCAGAAAUACCUCUUUCUGCAGAAUGUUAUGACGUUUGUUGGCAUCCACGUCUUUAUUUACUAGCUUAUGCAACGAGUACAUCGAGUGGAGGAUUGGACAGAGAUAGAGAUCAACAACCUUCAUUGAGAGUUUUUGGAUAUUCUGGCUAAUUUUGAAUUUUUUUUAUUUAUUUUCGGAAAAUAAAAAUAUUUUUUGUUCUUUUUUGAAGACUAUAAAUUAUUUAAUAAUGAUAAGUAA